UGUACUGUAUAACAUAUGAACUACAACUACCCAAAUAACUACAUAUCAUAUUCAAGGUCUGACUCGUUUGAUCGUAUCAACACACACUUCUGUGUAAACAAGGAAUCAUAUAAAAACGUAGGUAAGGAACACGUUCUGCAUUUAACACCGCUGCUGCUCCUCUAUCAGGAUAGUAAGAUGCAGUAUUGGUUGCCCAUUGUUGCCGCGCUUGUCAUUGCAACAAGCUAUGUACAAGCAGAUGACUACAGAGUUGUGUGUUACUAUGGAAGCUGGGCCGUCUAUCGUCCUGGAAACGGUAAAUUUGACGUAGAGAACAUCGACCCCACACUCUGCACCCACCUUAUUUAUACUUUUGUGGGAGUCAGUUCUGAAGGUGGUGUUACGAUUCUGGACUCUUGGAAUGAAAUUGACAAAGGUGCACUCAGCCGUUUCAAUGCCUUGAAGCAGAUUAGCCCAAGCGCCAAGACAAUGGUUGCUAUUGGAGGCUGGAAUGCUGGAUCCAGCACCUUCUCACAGGUGGUGAAUAAUGAUGGCUUAAGAGCUAAAUUUGUGGACAACAUUGUCAACUUUGUGAAACAGUACGGAUUUGAUGGAUUUGACUUAGACUGGGAGUAUCCAACUCAGCGAGGAGGAGCUGCAGGAGACAAAGCAGCAUUUGCAAAAUUAGUGAGUGAACUUCGACCAAAAUUUGAUGCAAAUGGAUUCAUCCUCUCUGCUGCUGUGUCAGCUGGACAGAGUACCAUUGAUGCUGCUUAUGACGUACCAGCACUUGCAAAGUACUUGGACUUCAUCAAUAUCAUGACUUACGAUUUGCAUGGUUCAUGGGAUUCUACGACAGGUGAAAAUGCCCCGCUGUAUGCUGGACCUGCUGACAGAACAGCAGACAGUGCAACAUUGAAUGUUGACUUCGCUAUCAACUACUGGAUCCAGAAAGGUGCACCUGCUAAGAAGUUGAAUGUUGGAAUGGGCACAUAUGGUCGCUCCUUCACCUUGCAAAAUACUAAAAGCACAGGUAUUGAUGCUGCCAUUACAGGUCCAGGGCAAGCAGGUCCAUAUACCAGAGAAGCUGGCACACUGGGAUACAAUGAGAUCUGUGAGCAGGGAAACCAAUGGACAGUUUAUUGGAAUGAUGAACAGAAGGUUCCUUAUGCAGUCAACGGAAACCAGUGGGUUGGUUUCGAUAAUGCUGAUUCUCUCAAAUUAAAGGCACAAUAUGUGAAGGACAAAGGUCUGGGAGGAGCUAUGAUCUGGAGCGUAGAGACAGACGACUUCCUUGGUGUCUGUGGUGCUGGCAAGUUCCCUCUGCUAAUCGCUAUUAAUUCUGUGCUGACUGGCAAGACAAGCGGAACUGAGACUAGUAUCAAGGCUACAGCAGCUCCAUCGCAAGUAGCAGAACCAGUACAAGCAACAACAGUCGCUCCUGCUCCAGCUCCAGCAAGUGGGGUCUGCACCAGAAGCGGAUAUGUGAGGGAUCCCAGUAACUGUCAGGUCUUCUAUUAUUGUGAUAAUGUCAAUGGACAGUACUCAAUUAGUCAGUUUAACUGCCCUGCAGGCACCGUCUUUGAUACCUCACUCAACGUAUGUAACUAUCCUGAUGCAGUCCAAUGCUGAUAUCUGCACUUACAAUACCUAUGCACUGGUGGUACAUACUAUGACAAUAAACUUGUUUGUUGCAUAUGAACUUUA